AUGCAAUUCGAGGCCUUGGAUUACGGUACUCUUGUGCUGAAGCUAUUAAUAUUUGCAUUGACUUUUUAUACGUUAUGGAGGUUAAGGAAAUUUAAGGAAAUAAAUCCAAUUUUGGUUGCAAAUGUGAUACUUGUCCUUACCGAUUUUAUCUACGCAGCACUCGCGAUUGUGCACGAUAAUUUGGCCAAGAUCUUUGACUAUGAGACUUUCGGCCCUAUCGGCGGUUUUGCGUACCUCUACAUCGCAAACCUCCGAUAUUGGAUGCAAAUCUACACCCUCUGCAUAUUAUCAGUUCUCUACCUAGUCGCGAUAUUCGCCCCUAGCAAAUAUCGCUUGCUCGGAAAAGCAUCCAUUUUUGGGAUUAUGGCAAUUCCGGCUGGGCUUACUGUAGGCCUCUUGAUCGGCACCGAUGUGGCCAUCAUUGCCAAGCUGUACAAGAUGAAAGUGUUGGGAAAGGAGCGCAGGCCAGUCGAGAUUUCACCACGGACAGUAACUAAUCACCCAACUGGACCGCUUUUUCCGAGGCCAAGCCAGAAUAAUUUGAUGAAAAAUACGACCGCUACCCGCUCAAAGACGACGAUCGAUAUUCGACUCGCGCUCGCUUUUCUCUAUAUCACCGUGGCGUUUAUAAUAAUGACACUGUAUUUUCGCUAUAUUUACAUUGUCCCCUACUCGAUAAUGCCGUACACGAAUUUCGUGGUGUUCAACCUGGAGCUGAGCAAAUGUACCGUAUACGUGCUGAUUGUCACGCAGAAA